ACUUUGUUUUGCUCAAUCACAAUUGCAUUUUUUUCUUUAUAAGUGACAAAAUUCAUAAUUGCUUUUAGUCACACACUAUUAGGCAUAUCCUUUACCACCACCACCAACCACCAUUCAAGAGUGAAAAGGCGAAAAAAUGUUUGGAACGGUGUCGGAUUCGAUGGAGGUGAAGGUACCAGCAAGUGAAGCGUGGAAGUUGUACGUACCCUCGAACUCGCCAAAAUCGUACCCGAAGCGCUUCCCAAUAUGGUCAGCAAAAUCGAAGUCGUGCAAGGUGAGGGCGGCGUUGGUACCAUCCUCGAGCUCUUUUUUCUUCCAGGGAGGAAGGAUAUGACGUCGUACAAGGAGAAGUGCACGAUGGUGGAUGAUGAGAAACGGGUGAAGGAGACGGAGGUUUUGGAAGGCGGGUUUUUGGAUCUUGGUUUUACCCUUUACCGGGUCCGGUACGAGGUGAUAGAGAAGGAGGAGAAAAUGUGUGUGACGAGAGUGACGAUAGAGUACGACGUGAGAGAAGAAUUUGCUGCUAAUGUUGCUCUCGUUUCCAUCCAACCUAUCGUUGUUAUUAUGGAAGCCGUUGCUCGUCACUUGACUCAAAACAACCCCAACUGAGAGAUUUUGGCCGACCUGUCCGAAACUUAUAUUAUAUAUUCCUUCCUUUUCAUUUUAACCGUCGCUUUGGUUUAAUGCACAUUAUUGAGAAAA